UUGUGUGGAAUAGGAGCUGGCCCCACAUAAUUACUCCCCACGUACACACAGAGUAGGGCAAUCCUGGAAAAUGUUAGAGACUUCUUAAUUGUUUAGAUACGGGAACAAAAGCUUUUUCGUUUUCGAGCGGCGCCGGAGCGUGUUGAAGAGGUCAGCAAGAAGACCGAGGGUCAUGUUGAUGCUAAGGGAGGAGAUCCGAGUGUGAGCGGCGCCGAGAUCAGCAGCAGAGAGCCGGGUCUGGUGGUGUGGAGAACCGGGAGCAGAGCAGACUGACACCGGGACAAGGUGGUUGAAGAAAGUCAAAGCAGCAUUAUUACCUGGCUGUGAUUCAGCACUGCAGCCACAUGAUGAAUCAUGCAGUCAAUUUGCAGCCAUCUAGGGUGAAAAAUGUCCUUUCUAUAUCUGAUCAGUUCAAAUUUCAGAAUCCCUGGAAUAUGGUAAUGAUGACACAGGCCUCGAAGGAUGCGAGAAAGGCCAGGAUGGAAGAAUCAAAAUUCCUAAAUGAGAUAAAAUUUUUUAAUACUUGCUUACUCAAACAUGUGGAAAGUGUGGAAAAGCCCAGGAUUCCUUUGCAGACAAUUGAAAUCGAAAGAACCAUUAACGCCCUGAGAUUGGGGAAGAUUUUCUUAAUGCGGAAUAAUCAGUGGAUUGAAACCCCACCCAUAGCUGGAGAGGGGACAAUCACAAGACAACCAAAACAGAAAAGACCUGAAGGAGAAGUAGCACUGCUGGAAACAACUGAACUACCUGCAGCGUUUGAAACAAAUGAACUACCUGCAGAAUUUGAUACAAAUGAACUACCUGCAGAGUUUGAAACAAACGAACUACCUGCAGAGUUUGAAACAAACGAACUACCUGCAGAGUUUGAAACAAAUGAACUACCUGCAGAGUUUGAAACAAAUAAACUACCUGCAGAGUUUGAAACAAAUGAACUGCCUGCAGAGUUUGAAACAAAUGAACUACCUGCAGAGUUUGAAUCAAAUGAACUACCUGCAGAGCUUGAUAUAAACGAACUACCUGCAGAGCUUGAUAUAAACGAACUACCUGCAGAGCUUGAAACAAACGAACUACCUGCAGAGCUUGAUACAAACGAACUACCUGCAGAAUUUUAUACAAACGAACUACCUGCAGAGUUUGAAACAAAUGAACUACCUGCAGAAUUUGAAACAAACGAAAUACCUGCAGAGUUUGAAACAAACGAACUACCUGCAGAGUUUGAAACAAAUGAACUAUCUGCAGAGUUUGAAACAAAGGAACUACCUGCAGAGCUUGAAACAAAUGAACUACCUGCAGAGUUUGAAACAAAUGAACUUCCUGCAGAGUUUGAAACAAAUGAACUUCCUGCAGAGUUUGAAACAAAUGAGCUACCUGCAGAGCAUGAAACAAAGGAAGUACCUGCAGAGUUUGAAACUAAUGAACUACCUGCAGAGUUUGAUACAAAUGAACUACCUGCAGAGUUUGAAACAAAGGAACUACCUGCAGAGCUUGAAACAAAGGAACUACCUGCAGCAUUUAAAACAAAUGAGCUACCUGCAGAGCUUGAAACAAAUGAGCUACCUGCAGAGCUUGAAACAAAGGAGCUACCUGCAGAGUUUGAAACAAAUGAACUACCUGCAGAGUUUAAAACAAAUGAAUUACCUGCAGAGUUUGAAACUAAUGAACUACCUGCAGAGUUUGAAACUAAUGAACUACCUGCAGAGUUUGAAACAAAGGAACUAGCUGCAGAGUUUGAAACAAAGGAACUACCUGCAGAGUUUGAAACAAAUGAACUUCCUGCAGAGCUUGAAACAGACGAACUGCCUGCAGAGUUUGAAACAAAUGAACUACCUGCAGAGCUUGAAACAAAGGAACGACCUGCAGAGUUUGAAACAAAUGAACUUCCUGCAGAGUUUGAAACAAAUGAACUUCCUGCAGAGUUUGAAACAAAUGAGCUACCUGCAGAGCAUGAAACAAAGGAAGUACCUGCAGAGUUUGAAACUAAUGAACUACCUGCAGAGUUUGAUGCAAAUGAACUACCUGCAGAGUUUGAAACAAAGGAACUACCUGCAGAGCUUGAAACAAAGGAACUACCUGCAGCAUUUGAAACAAAUGAGCUACCUGCAGAGCUUGAAACAAAUGAGCUACCUGCAGAGCUUGAAACAAAGGAGCUACCUGCAGAGUUUGAAACAAAUGAACUACCUGCAGAGUUUAAAACAAAUGAAUUACCUGCAGAGUUUGAAACUAAUGAACUACCUGCAGAGUUUGAAACUAAUGAACUACCUGCAGAGUUUGAAACAAAGGAACUACCUGCAGAGUUUGAAACAAAGGAACUACCUGCAGAGUUUGAAACAAAUGAACUUCCUGCAGAGCUUGAAACAGACGAACUGCCUGCAGAGUUUGAAACAAAUGAACUACCUGCAGAGCUUGAAACAAAGGAACGACCUGCAGAGUUUGAAACAAAUGAACUUCCUGCAGAGCUUGAAACAAAGGAACGACCUGCAGAGUUUGAAACUAACGAACUACCUGCAGAGUUUGAAACAAAGGAACUACCUGCAGAGUUUGCAACAAAUGAACUUCCUGCACAGUUUGAAACAAAUGAACUACCUGCAGAGCUUGAAACAAAGGAACGACCUGCAGAGUUUAAAACAAACAAACUACCAGCAGGGUUUGAAACAAAUGAACUACCUGCAGGGUUUGAAACAAAGGAACUUCCUGCAGAGUUUGAAACAAAUGAACCACCUGCAGAGCUUGAAACAAACAAACUACCUGCAGAGUUUGAAACAAACGAACUACUUGCCGAGUUUGAAACAAAUGAACAACCUGCAGAGUUUGAAACAAAUGAACUACCUGCAGUGUUUGAAACAAACAAACUACCUGCAGAGUUUGAAACUAAUAGACUACCUGCAGAGCUUGAAACAAAGGAACUACCUGCAUAGUUUGAAACACAUGAACUGUCUGCAGAGUUUGAAACAAAUGAACUACCUGCCGAGUUUGAAACAAAUGAACUACCUGCCAAGUUUGAAACAAAUGAACCACAUGCAGAGUUUGAAACAAAUGA